GGCGAAGCUGCGGGCGGAUGCUGCCGGCGCCGGACCCUGGCCUCGGAGAGUUGGAUCCGCCCCCGCUGGAGGAGGCUCCGUGGCGGGAGGUCGACCUUUUCAAACACGGUGCUCCAGGCAGUCACUUCCAGUUGAUCGACUUGGCCCAGGAAUUGCAACUGACUUGCCGUCCCAGCUGAGAAGCCUGAAACUGGCAACUGUCCUGUCCAGGUGUGUCUAGGCCUGGGCCCUGAUGCAUUAGGUCAAAACCUGGUCACUGGCCCAACCUAAUUGCAAGAGGGGCUGGGGAAGGUGAAGAGCAUGUGGGUACCUGGACCAGGUGUCCCCCACGUGAAGGACGAGCCAGGUCCUGAGUGAUGCCCCUGAGCUGAGUGCCACGGCCCCACCCUUCCCCAUGGAGAAAGGACUCUCUUUGCCCCAGGACUGCCGACAUUUUCUGCACAGCUUGAGAAUGAGGAGCAAAUAUGCCCUCUUCCUGGCUUUUGUGGUGGUGGUUUUUGUCUUCAUUGAAAAGGAAAAUAAAAUCAUAUCAAGGGUCUCAGACAAGCUGAAGCAGAUCCCUCAGUCCCUGGUAGAGGCCAAUAGCACCGACCCAGCCCUGGUCUUGGCCGAGAACGCAUCCCUCUUGUCCCUGAGUGAGCUGGAUUCGGCCUUCCUGCAGCUGCAGAGCCGCCUGCGAAACCUCAGUCUGCAGCUGGGCAUGGAGCCAGCAGAGGAGGCCGAGGAGGAGCAGAUGCUGGAGGCGGAAGAGGAAUGGGAGCAGCUGGAACCCCGCCCACCCGCCGAGGCCCCGCCCCGGCGCCACGUGCUCCUCAUGGCCACGACUCGCACCGGUUCCUCGUUUGUGGGUGAGUUCUUCAAUCAGCAGGGCAAUAUCUUCUACCUCUUCGAGCCGCUGUGGCACAUCGAGCGCACGGUGUCCUUCGAGCAGGGUGGCGCCAACGCUGCGGGCUCGGCCUUGGUCUACCGCGACGUGCUCAAGCAGCUUUUCCUGUGCGACCUGUACAUCCUGGAGCACUUCAUCAUUCCGGCGCCCGAGGACCACCUGACCCAGUUCGUGUUCCGCCGGGGCUCCAGCCGCUCCCUCUGCGAGGACCCCGUCUGCACGCCCCUCGUCAAGAAGGUCUUCGAGAAGUAUCCCUGCAAGAACCGCCGCUGUGGACCUCUCAACAUGACGCUGGCCGCUGAAGCCUGCCGCCGCAAGGAGCACAUGGCCGUCAAGGCCGUCCGCAUCAGGCAACUGGAGUUCCUCCAGCCGCUGGCCGAGGACCCCCGUCUCGACCUGCGCGUCAUCCAGCUGGUGCGCGACCCCCGCGCUGUGCUGGCCUCCCGCAUGGUGGCCUUUGCGGACAAGUACGAGACCUGGAAGGAGUGGGUGGCCAAGGGACAGGACCAGCUGAGGGAGGAGGAGGUGCUGCGGCUGAAGGGCAACUGUGAGAGCAUCCGCCUGUCCGCCGAGUUGGGCCUGAGGCAGCCGGCUUGGCUGCGGGGCCGCUACAUGCUGGUGCGCUACGAGGACGUGGCCCUCCGGCCCCUGCAGAAGGCCCAGGAGAUGUAUCGCUUUGCAGGCAUCCCCCUAACCCCGCAGGUGGAGGACUGGAUCCAGAAGAACACCCAGGCGGCCCACGAUGGCAUCUACUCCACGCAGAAGAACUCCUCGGAACAAUUUGAGAAAUGGCGCUUCAGCAUGCCCUUCAAGCUGGCGCAGGUGGUGCAGGCCGCCUGCGGCCCGGCCAUGCGCCUCUUCGGCUACAAGCCAGUGCAGGAUGCCGCCUCGCUCUCCAACCGCUCUGUCAGCCUGCUGGAGGAGCGCGGCACCUUCUGGGUCACGUAGGGGGCCCGGGGU